UUAAUAAUUUCUAUUUUCCAGAGUAUUAAAUAGUUCGGUUUGGGCCGUGGUAUGGCCAGAGGUAACCAAAUGCGUCACUUUUAGCGUAGGUAGCUUAUGGCACUUCCCGCGAAAACCAAAGACAUAGCAAUCAUACGUAAAGCUCCACCCCGUAACUACGUUAGGAUAGCCAUGGCGCCCAGACCGGACACCGACACCGACACUCGCGAAGGUAUUCUCAACGGUGAAUGGAACCAAGACCCUUCAUGGCUCUGGCCUGCGUCGCUGUAUCAGCCGUACUGUUUGUUCCAUUUCCUUAAAGAAUGCUCUCUCUAUCAUAUUUACCAGUCAGAAUGGUUCAAACUCACGACACGAACAACUAAAAAUCCCAGGAUAUUCGACAGGCCACGGAUGUAUGGAAGGGGGCGAGUACCGAAAAAGUAUUCGAGGAGUAACGUGAAAAGACCAACUAGAAGUCGAGAUAGUUCUCCAUGCAGUGAUACGUCCGACAAUUCGUCCCCCCAUUUCAACCAGCUUCAGCUUUCUCUACCCUGGCCAGUUCACAAGACACGAUUGGAAAACCUGAUCAACGGUAUCUAUUUCAAGCUCUUAGAUGAAAGGACAGCAAACGAAGAGAACAUUUACGAGUCUAGCUUAGUAUGUCGAUACUGUAGAUUCAAUGCUAAUGCUGAGGACACUGAUGAAUCUGGGACUAGAAAAGUAACACCCCCGGCGCCAAUGCAUCACAUCCGACCAGAGGACAUCAAAAAAGAACAUGUCGGUAAAUUUGGAGGUAUUACAUUUGCCAUCGAUCCAUCUGGUGACGAUAUAGUCGUUAUUCUCCUAGGUAUGGAGCAACUCGAUCAUCCUGUUCGCGAAGUACCAAUAGGGCCGAGAAGGGAGUCUUUCCGGGUCGUUGAUCGGCUCGGACGUAGAAAUGAGCAAUACUUAAACAAAUAGUAGUAACCUAAAUGAUAUAAAUUUCAAGUAAAAUGAAGUUUGUAACCAACCUAGAUGGGGAUUCUAUAAUUGUGUUGUAUUGCCUUUACAUAAACUUAUAGGUGUAAAUGCUGUAAGUUCAACUUCUUAUAAUAG